GAGUUACUGGCGCACGCGUUGGGGGGGAGAUGCCAGUCUUCAGGAGCACCCAUAUUACUAUGAGGACUGAGAUAACAUGCACACAUAAGCUAAAGAUUUUUUUUCUCUCUCUAUAUGUGUGUGCGUGUGUGUAUGUGUGUGUGGCUUGGAUUGCAAUUUAAAAGCGAACUGAGCUAUGUUUUCUCCACCAGACAUUUAUAUUUAAUGGGAUGUUUGUGUUGCCUUUGCAAACAGUGACAAGAUUGUCACAAGUGGAUAUGGAAAGUGUUUGCUCUUGCACUAAAGUUUUUUUCCCUCCCUUUUUCUUGACUAUCAUGCACGGGACUUUUUUUUUAAUAUUGCACCCUUAACAAGUAUAUAUAUUCACCUGGACUUUGACUGAAUAUAUGGGACAUUACAACAUUUUUUAAGGAGGAAAAACAUCCAGCUCUCUUAAUUUUGACACCCCAGUAAAAUGUAUUCACAAAUGCCUGGCAACAUGGCAGUUAACUGGGUUGUAUAUUCUGUCUUUUUGUUACCGCUCUUCGCAGUGGGGGCUGCUUUCUCGGGGGUCUUCAAUGCCACUGACAGAGACAUUUUCACAGAUGAUUUGCUGCAGGUCAAGCUCACCCACGACAGAGCGACUGAGCAGUGGAAACAUCACUCUCCGGAUUCUCACCCCAACCUAUAUUUUAACCAAGUGGAUGUGUUGCACUUGAGGCAAAGGAGCUCCACCACCCACAGUCACAUAUUCAAAGUCAUCCGGGCGGCUGUGCUCACCAUGUUGUCUAAUGUUCCUUUUUACAUGCCCCCUGCAAAACACGAGGAGUUUACAAGCAAGUGGAAUGAGAUUUAUGGAAACAACCUGCCUCCCCUGGCUCUCUACUGCCUGUUGUGCCCAGAGGACUCUGCUGCCUUGCAGUUUCUCAUCAAGUUUAUGGACAGGAUGGCUGAUUACCCAGACUGGAAGGUGACCAGUGCGCCUAAUGAUGAGGUUCCCAUGGCACACUCUCUCACUGGGUUUGCUACUGCCUAUGACUUUAUCUACACUUUCCUGGAUGAAAGGCGGAAGGAUGUGUACCUCAAGAAAAUUCGCUCUGAGACGGAGGAGCUGUUUGAGCUCUCCAAGUACAGGGGGUGGGGGAAACAAUACCUCCAGAAUCAUCAAACUACUAAUAUAUUAGCUAUCAUGACUGGUGCAAUAGUGGUGGGAUCACAUAAUGACCAAGAGUCGAUGAUCUGGAAACAAGUGUCAGUGAAUUAUAUGGAAAAAACAAUGUUUCUGCUAAACCACAUUGUUGAUGGGUCGCUGGACGAGGGAGUAGCCUACGGGAGCUACACGGCCAAGUCCAUCACGCAGUAUGUCUUCUUAGCUCAACGCCACUUCAACAUCGACAACUUGCAGAACAACUGGCUGCGGGGACACUUCUGGUUUUAUUACGCCACUCUGUUGCCGGGGUUUCAGAGGACAGUCGGCAUAGCAGACUCCAACUACAACUGGUUUUACGGACCAGAGAGCCAGCUUGUCUUCCUCGAUACAUUUGUCAUGAGGAACGGAACGGGUAAUUGGCUGGCUCAACAGAUUAGAAAGCACCGGCCCAAGGAUGGUCCCAUGGGACAGUCUUCUGCACAGCGCUGGGCUACACUUCACACAGAAUACAUCUGGUACAACUCCCACCUCACACCACAACCUCCCCACAACUUUGGCAAAGCCUGGAUGCAUAUUUUCUCAAACUGGGGUGUGGUUACGUACGGAGCAGGGCUGCCCAAUGGUCAGGGUAAUACUUUUGUCUCCUUUAAGUCUGGCAAACUGGGUGGCCGCGCAGUCUACGACAUUGUCCAUGACAAGCCUUACUCAUGGGUAGACGGCUGGAACAGCUUUAACCCAGGUCACGAGCACCCAGACCAGAAUUCAUUCACAUUUGCUCCUAAUGGACAAGUAUUUGUGUCUGAGGCACUUUAUGGCCCAAAAUACAGCUAUCUUAACAACGUGUUAGUGUUCAGUCCGUCUCCUACUAGUCAGUGUAACAAUCCCUGGGAGGGUCAGUUGGGGGAGUGUGCCAAAUGGCUGCGCUGGACUGAUGAGGGGGUGGGUGAUGCUAAUGGGGAGGUGAUAGUCGCCUCCUCGCACAGGGACACUAUGUUUGUGAGUGGGGAAGCAGCGUCGGCUUACUCCCCCGCCAUGAGACUAAAGAGUGUGUACAGAGCUUUGGUUUUGCUCAACUCUCAAACGCUGCUUGUGCUUGACCAUGUGGAAAAGUGGGAUGAUUCACCAGUGAAGUCACUCAGUGCUUUUUUCCACAAUCUGGACAUUGAUUUUAAAUAUGUUCCCUUCAGAUUUAUGGACAGAUAUAAUGGCGCAAUGAUGGACGUGUGGGACGCUCAUUAUAAAAUGUUCUGGUUUGACACCCAGGGUCACAGCCCCGAUACCAAGAUACAAGAGGCAGAGCAGGCGGCUGAGUUUAAAAAGAGGUGGACACAGUAUGUCAAUGUCACUUUUCCAAUGACAGGCACAGUCAGCAGAGUUGCUUAUGUGUUACACGGUCCAUAUGUCAAAGUGUCCAGCUGUAGAUUUGUGGAUAAUAGCAAGAAUGGAGUGAGACUUUCUUUAACCAUAAAUAACACAGAGAAGAUUGUCUCUAUAGCUACAAACUAUAAAGACAUAGGAGCAAGGUUGACUUAUUUAGGAUUUGGAGGUCACUGUAAAGUGGAGGAUAGAUAUCAAAUCACACGAUAUGGCCUUGGGACACAACUCAUCCCCAAACAAAUCAGUGCUGAUAAUCAGCUGUUUGACUUUGGAUUUACAGUCAAUGUGAUAGCAGGGGUUGUUCUCUGUGUGGCUAUAGGAUUUUUGACCAUGCAGAGGAAGUUUUAUGUCUGCUUCAGCAGGCUGAUGCGUUACGCCCUGCUCUCCGUGCUCAUCCUGUGGAUAGCCGAGUUGCUGUUUGUGUCUAACAGCUGCGAUCAGCUUCUCUGUGGGGUAAAAUGGAAAGGUGCGGGUGCCAAAAGCGAAGUAAACAACCAAAUCAGACUGUACGAGCAGCGCCGACUCCCCCUCCCUACCGUCCUCAUAGCAACCCUUCCCGGUUCAGGCUCAGAAAUACUCAAGCACCUUUUCUACAACAGCUCUGACUUUGUUUACAUUCGGGUUCCCACCGAGCACGUGGACAUACCAGAGACUGAGUUUGAGUUUGACUCCCUGGUUGAUGCCUGUGAGUGGUCAAGGUCAGAUGCUGAGCAUGGACGGUUUAAGAUUAUCCAAGGCUGGCUGCACUCGCUGGUCCACAACACCAAGCUCCACUUGCAAAACAUUCAGCUGGUAGAGGGCAGUAGGGUCAAACAGCCCCAGAAAGUCAGCACCUCCAGGGACAGAAAGAAAAGAUCAAGGAGGAGGGAGCAAGCGUCUGAGCUGAAGGGAAAACUGAGAGCCAGUCUGGACAGAGAUGCAGAUUAUGUUAGGGAGAUGAGACGACAUGUCGCUGAGUACCCCAACACCCGCGUGGUCCUCAGCAUGCGAAGUGGAAGCUGGGCGCUCAAACUACCUUUCGUUCAGGAGGUUGUGGGACAUUCACUGAGGACAAUCUAUUUGGUCAGGGACCCUCGAGCAUGGAUUUAUAUCAUGGUAUAUAACAGUAAACCCAGCCUAUACUCCCUUAAGAACAUCCCGCAGCACCUUUCCUUGAUAUUCAAGGAGGAUGCUGUCAAGGAUGGCUGCCCAACUGUGGCACCAGAGUUUAAAAUACUACAGAGGCUGCUGGCCCGAUCGGAGACAAACCCUAUCCUGAUACUGGCUCAUCUGUGGCUGGCUCACACCGCAGCAGUGCUGAGGGUCAGCGAGAGCCUCCCCGAGGAGUGCUACUACCAAGUGAGGUUUGAGGACGUGGUCAACUUCCCCCAGGAAACCGCGGAGAGCAUACACAGGUUUCUAGGGGUGCCCGUCUCACCCACAGCCCUCAACCAACUUCUAUUUACCACCUCCACAAACCUGUACAAUCUAAUGUACGAGGGAGACAUUUCACCAGCCAAUAUUAACAUGUGGAGGGAAAAAAUGCCACGAAAGGACAUCAGACUAAUAGAGGACAUAUGUGGGAGUGUGAUGAAGAGGCUGGGUUACGCCAGGUUUGCCAGUUAACUUACUGCUGCUGGUCAGCUGAUACGGAGCUGUCUUGUUUACUGUAGCUGCCAGUCACACUGAGUUCUGUAAAGUUUUCUUUAUUUGCACUGACCUUAAAUUAAAAAAAAAAAAAAAAAAAAAAAGAUGAUGUUACAAGUUGAGGAAAAACUUGGUAUCAUUAGGCUAAACUAAACUGUCUGUGUUCAGGGUUUUUUUUUGUUUCCUGUUAGUUGUAUUUUAUUUGGACGUGUGUACAGUGAUGUACCGACUACAACAACAGAUGUUUGUGAUGGAGGAAUAUUUUACAUUAAAAUGGGUUGAAGGAAGCUUCUGCUAAUAAUCUUCUCCCCCCCGCCCUCCCCAGCAGCCCUUCACACUUACUUGUAGCACUCUUUUUAUCGAGUGGUACUAGACCUUUGCUGUCUUUACAUGCAGCCGUGUCUUAAAAAGGAAUGCCACUGAACUUCAGCAUAAAUUUAGCUUUUUUACAGCGUCUUAUAACAGCUCGGUUUCUUUGUGAAGAUUAUAUACUGUGCGUCUUAGUAAGAGAUGUAAAAUGGGGAGGGGGGGAGGGUUUCCCAUUCCUAAUCUGUGAUGUCAGGAUGAUGUUUGUGCAAAGUUUAUAUCUGUUAUUACUGGAAUUAUUUCAGCGGGAUCAAGGGAUCUUUACUGGUUUAGGAACAGAUACGCUAUGAAGCUCAUUAGGAAGUAAGGCUUGUAUUUAUUGACGGUCUUAAUUUGUAGCUUUGGGAGAGAACAUUCACAAGGACUAAUUUGGCUGUCAUGAAUUUUAAUAUCUGAAUUUUGAUUGCUGUUUCCCUUUAAAACUGUAAAAAAAAAAUCAAAUAAAUAAGAAUGCUGCAUUGUAUAGAGUCUUUUGCAAAGCCGAGAAAAAGAUGACGGUAGAGAUAGUGCUUUAUUGCUGUAAUAUAGAUAUAUAAAAGAAAUGGAUUGUAUUUUCAUUAUAAAGGGGUACGCCAGUAGAGGGAUUUUAUUUUGAAGCUCAAAAGAUGUCAAGACGGUUUGGUGGCUUAGCACUUUCACAGGAACUUUUUUGAUUGUAUAUGGGAUUCAGUGCAUUUUUCCAAAAGCUGACUUUACUGUAUGUACUCGAUUAGCUUGGAAAUAUAAACGUCUGAAGAUAUUAUGUAUUGAAGAAAGAAAGUUAGAAGUAUUUAUGGGUUCCAAAGACACAUAUCCCAAAGGAUCAGGAAGGAAUAUGAUUAUUAUAACUCCCUUUGGCAUUUAUUGAAUUAGAUCAGAGGGAAGUGCUUAAUAGGGAUCAAACUGAAAAAAAAAACUGUCAGCCUUGACACAUUUCUAGUCAAAGCAAUUUCCAAAGCAUCCCCCUCAGCUACUCAUAUUAAUCUGCAAAAUGCCAUAACUGAGGCUUACCCUGUGUUUUAUUGCUGUGCUAAAGCCCAGAGGACACGCAAACAGCAUAACUUUCCAUUUCCUGUCCUGGUCAAUCAGAUAACAAAUGAUCUUUUGGGCAUUUGUCUUGAAAGCGUUCAGAGAGAAGAAGUGGAUUGAAUGAGCAGGGGGAUGAAUAUGAAGUAUAAAAAAAAAAAUCAGAGACCAUUUCUACUCUGUGAUGUUACGCUCUUUGACCAACACGCUGGGCAAAAAUGUAUGCUCCUCAGUAACCUUUAAUGCUGUCUCGCUUAAACAUUUUUGUACUGUAAAUGGAUCACAUUUAACAUAAAAAUGAUACACUCUAUUAUAGAUUCUCAAUUGCAUCUGUACACAGAAAAAAACAACAACCCAACAACAACAACAGCAACAACAUCAUUCGCAUUUGGAAAUAUCCAUCUUUUCUCAGCUAGAAACAGUCCUGUUUGUUUUCUUCUCUAUGAACACUGAAACCCUUGACUGCCUGGAAAACCUGUUUGAUGUUUGUGGUCUUUGAAUGUGUAGACUUGGCAGACAUGCUUUCACUUUGGUGUUGCAAUCCUGUUACCAACUCUGUUUUGUAUUUGCUCGUGGGGAUACGGUUCCUUGCUUCUGUGGCCUUGAAUUACAAUCAUUUUCUUUAUAACGUUUUUUUUUUUUUCUUCUGUGGGCUCCAGGAGCAGAGGGUG